CCGGAGGCAGGACGGGCCCGCCCCGGCGGACGCCGCGGCACGGAGGCGCUCCCGGCCCGGUGCCCGUGCCCGGUUCCCAUUCCCCGUCCGAGCUCCCGCAGCGGCGGCACCGAGCAGUCGGGCAGCGCACGCUCCCCCGGCUGCCCCGGCCCCCGGUGCCGGUCCCGGCCCCGCCAUGCCCUCCGCGUACCCGCAGCGAGCCCUGACGGUGCUGCUGCUCUUCGGGACCUUGUCCGCCGCCAUGGCCCUGCUCUCCUCCAGCCUCAUCUUCCAGCUGCCGUCGGGCCGGGCCGCUCGCGGUGCCGCUCGCGGGGCGCUCCCGGAGCCGGUGGCCGCCGCUCUGCUGCCGGUGUCGGCCGUGCUGGCCGCGCUCUGCCUGGUGCUCAACGUGAGCUGCCUCCUGCUCUGCCUCCUGCACGGCUACUGCAGCACCGAGCUGAGCCGGGCCGGGCCCGGGCCCGAGCGGGCAGUCUGGUUCCUCCUGGACAGCCGGAGCGUCCGGCACGCGGCCGUCGGCCUCUUCUGCUGCGGGCUCUGCCUCUACCUCACAGCUCUGGCCCUGUCCAUGCUGCUGCUGUUCGAGCUGGAGGCUGCAAUUGCCAGCGCCUGCAUCCUGACCUCUGGAAUCCUCGUCCUGCUCGUCUCCCUGCUCCACGUGCUGCUCCGUGCUUCCCGCCUUUCCCGAAUUUCCCAGGGCUCGGAGCCUUCCCCAGCCCUGUACGAGAACCUCAGGGACGCGGCUCCUGCUCGGCCCCGCCCCGAAAUCCACCCGGAAUUCUCCUUCCCACCUUCCCUGGACGGCAAAUCCCAGCCGGGCUCGGCUUCCAGCAGCGACCUGAGCUCCAGGAGCAGGGAAUUCCCCAGGGAAUCCCAGCGGGAAUUGUCCAGGAGCAGGGAAUUCCCCAGGGAAUCCCAUCAGGAAUUCCCCAGGAGCAGGGAAUUCCCCAGGGAAUCCCAUCAGGAACUGUCCAGGAGCAGGGAAUUCCCCAGGGAAGCCCAUCAGGAAUUCCCCAGGAGCAGGGAAUUCCCCAGGGAAGCCCCAGCCCAGGACUGGUCCCGCACUCACAGGACACUCCUGGGCUCGGGGCUGCUCCAGGAGCAGGGAAAGCCCUGGAAUGUCAUCCCCAGGGGCACGAGGAAUGGGAUAUCCCACAGAGCCACCAAGGACUCCACUCUGGUGUGAGGGAAAUUCGGGAUUUCCCGGAGUUUCCUGGGAUUUGCAGCUCUGGAGGAGGAGCUGUUGCUGGUUUUUCACAGUUUUGGGGGUUUUUUUCCUGGAAAAAUUCCUCCAAAAUCCCAGUGCUGCCUGCUUGGAGAACCCAAAUCCAUCCCAGCUCUGGGAAAUGGGGAUGGGGAGCAGAAAUUGGGAUUUUCACCAGCAGAAUUCCAGACUUUUCCAGCAGAUCCUGGCUGAUUUCCCUUCUCCUUCCUCCCUGCUCCAUCCUCAUCCUCAGCACUGGCACGGGUGGGGAAAUCAACUUUGGGGUAGAAAAAAUCAACUUCGGGGUGGAAAAAAUCAACUUUGGGGUGGCAGGAAGGGGGUUUGGGAGGCCAGGAACAGAUUUUGGGUGGGAAAAAGCAGAUUUGGGGUGUCAGUGCUGUUAUCCCAAAUUCCACCUGUUACCCCAAGAGCAAUUCCCCUGGAACUGGAGUUCAGCCAUUCCCUGAAUCCCUGGAAAAUCCAGGAGGGAUCCACACCAAAGCUCUGCUCCCUUCCAGACACCUCCAAAACCAAAAAAAAAACUUUUUUUUUUAUUUCAUAGGAUUUUAAGGAAUUUUUCCUCCUUUGAAAGCCUAGAACUCCACAUUUUUUGCUCCAUACCCUUGGAAACCCCAGGAUAAAAAAGGAGCUCCAAGCUCCCACAGCAGGAGAAAAGCUGAAAACCUUUAAAAGGAAUUUUCUUGUUGGUUUUUUGGGGAUUUUUGUAUUUUUUUUUUCCUUUUUAUUCUCGUCCUCAUUAAAAGUAAACCCAGCAAUUCCUUGGCAGCAGCUGGAGAAGUUUCUCCAUGGAGAAUUCCUCCCCAACAAAAGCUUGGAGAAUGUGCUCACAUUCCAGCUUUUUAUACCAAAUUCCCAAAGCAAAACCUCAUUUGGUUUGGUUUUUUUUUU